GAGAGCGCGUCAAAGCUCAGACAGCGGCAACACUUCAGGAUAUCAACACAUCGCGGAGGACAUUUUGACCUACUGCACGCGUGUGCGUUUCCAGAAAUUCGGGACUUUACUUUUUUGUUGUUGUUGUUUCCUCGGAAUCUACUAUUUGGUUGGUUUUUUUUGGUGGUACCUCGACCCCUUCCGACCCGCUUUCAUGUCGGCUUUCAGGCACCGGUGUGCGACUUUACGGUCGUGACACGAUUUGAACGGGCGCGGUGCGGCCGAGUUGGCGCACGGCUGGCUUGGAUAUACUCCAAGACGAUCCAUACUACUAUUUAGACGGCGCCCGAACCCCUUAAAGUCUUUCUAGAAGUAGUCGAAUCCCUCUCUCUGGUUGCCUUGGAUCACCACCACCGGCUUUUCAUUUUUACCUCCUUUUUCUAAUAUGUUGCUGUCAAAGUUUGGUUCUUUUUCGCACAUUUGCAACCCUUCGAGCAUGGACCACCUACCAGUGAAAAUCCAGCUUCCGCCGGUCAAAGUGGAGAAGGAACCGUUCGAGAAGGUGUACCAGGUGGGCACCGUGGUGGGGAGCGGCGGCUUCGGAACCGUCUACGCUGGCAGCAGGCUCUCUGACGGGGCACCGGUCGCUGUCAAACACGUUGCCAAGGAAAGGGUGACCGAGUGGGGCUCGAUUAAUGGAAGCAUGGUCCCGCUCGAGAUUCUCCUGCUGAAGAAAGUCAGCUCCUCUUUUCGCGGAGUUAUCAAAUUGCUGGAUUAUUACGAGCGCGCCGACGGCUGGCUCCUGGUUAUGGAGCGGCCGGAGCUCGUUAAGGACCUGUUCGACUUCAUCACCGAGAAGGGCGCCCUGGACGAGGACGCGGCGCGGGGCUUUUUUCUCCAAGUCCUGGAAGCGGUGCGCCACUGCUACAGCUGCGGCGUGGUGCACCGGGACAUCAAGGACGAGAACCUACUCGUGGAUCUCCGCACCGGGGAGCUGAAGCUUAUCGACUUUGGCUCCGGGGCCAUCCUCAAGGACACCGUGUACACGGACUUUGACGGUACUCGUGUGUACAGCCCACCCGAGUGGAUCCGCUUCCACAGAUACCACGGACGCUCCGCCACGGUGUGGUCGCUCGGCGUGCUGCUUUACGACAUGGUGUGCGGAGACAUCCCCUUCGAGCAGGAUGAGGAGAUCCUCCGGGGAAGAGUGUACUUCAGGAGGAGGGUGUCAGCUGAGUGCCAGCAGCUGAUCAAAUGGUGCCUGGCCCUGCGGCCCUCCGACCGGCCCACACUGGAGCAGAUCUGCGACCACGCCUGGAUGCGGGCGACGGCCGAGGCGCCCGACCCCAAUCCCGAGGAGCCGGCCGCCGUCGACAUCCGCCUGCGGACCAUCGCUACCGAUUCGUCGUCGAGCACAACCUCAAGCAAGGGGAGCCUCUGAGGAGCAGUCUGAAGGACUCUAAAGACUUGCUGUGGGGGGGGGGUUUCAGCAACUCGUUGUUGUUGUUUCUCUUAAAAAGUUGUUUCCUGAAGGGGAACAUGUUGCUGUUUGGUUGCAACUGUUUGUUGUUGCUUCUCUUACCCCCCAAAUUCCCUUGUUUCCAUUCAGUUGUUUCCUAAAGGGGAACAUGUUGGCUGUUUGGUUGGUCUUACCAGCACUAUUUAUUUCCCCUUGUUUGAACUUGUUUUUGUCAGUAGGCUGGUAUAUGCAUCUGGCAAGGCCUUCCUAUUCAGAUAUGGCUGCUCUCAUAGAGCGUUGGGGAAAACACUUUUUUUUUUUUAAUUCAACGUUUUAAUUUUGGAGUGCCUUUUUUUGUUUGGAACGCUGCUUGUUCUGGGGGCUUUUCAUCUCAGCAGUUUUCGACAUUUUUUCGGACUCAAACCUCAGUGACGGGAGAGCGUCUCCAUCACCACAAGCCAAGUAGCCCCCAGUUGAGAGGUUGCGAGAGCAUCAGAGAGGAGAGAAUAGAAUACUUGAAACACACAUGCGCGACUGUGUAUCACUCUUGGAAGCUGCUCACUCACUCUAUAGCCUGAACAGGUGUUUUGGAAACUGGAUCCUGUCUUUUCUGAAUGUCUACAACAUGUCAACAGACGCAUACACCUCGACCCCGCUCGGCCUUUUUUUCGCUCUCUUUUUCUCCCGUUGUGUUCAGCCAUGCCUGUUGCGAGUUCUGUCGCCUCUUGAACGUUUUUUGCCUCCCGCCGUCUCACCGCUUGACACGUUAUGCCCCACCUCCUCGGCCCCUCUCGGGGCUCCUUGGGGGGUGAAAUGCACAAUCAAUGCAAUAUUCAUAGACUGUGUUGUUGGGGUUUUUUUUCUUUUUUUUGCAAAUAUUGUACAGUGUGUUUCCUCCCGCCUCUUUUAGUGUGUAUAUUUUUUCCCCCUCCUCCCCAUUUGAAUUUAAUUUAUUUGUCAACAAAACAUGUAGACAUUCCACAUUCUGUGGUUAUUUAUUUAUUUAUUGUCUGCUUAAACUCCCUUCCCUUUAAAAAAUUUUUUUUUUUUUUUGCAUAUUCUACUUUGCAUUUAGUUUGCAUUCCUAACUUAUUUUUACAUAUCGACAAUUUUUUUCCUUUUUGUAGAUGUGGAGGAUGCACUGACAAUUGUUGAUGUAAAGCAGAAUAAAACAAGUUUACUUAAAUUUGAAA